AUGCUGGAUCACAUGUCUCGGCGUUCCCGCUCUUUCCUCUCCCUGUCUCUGACCUCGAUGGCGCUGGCUCUCUCUGUCCUGGCCUUCUGCACCUCCUACUGGUGCGAGGGGACGCACAAGGUGGUCAAGCCUCUGUGCCUCUCCCCCGUCAAGAUGAAGAACUGCGGGGCCAACAACAGCGAACCGUACACCACCGAGAAGCCCACGCGUGAUCCCAAAAACGAGUCCUUGGAACCCAUCUCAACGCUUUCACCAAAGAGAAUGGAAGAGCUCCUCAAGAUUCGGCAGAGGCAGCUGGCCAACGCGGUCCACUAUAUCUGGGAGACGGGAGAGGACAAAUUCAUGUUUAGAUACUUCCACACGGGCUUCUGGGAGUCCUGCGAGAAACACACUGAUGGGGAACAGUGCCGCAGUUUCAUUGAGCUGACUCCAGGAGAGACUCAAGGGGUCCUGUGGCUGUCCGUGGUGUCAGAGAUCAUGUACAUCAGCCUGCUGUCCAUGGGCUUCCUGCUCAUGUGGCUGGAGGUCCUGUGCUCCCGCAGCGAGAUGCACGCGCUCAAGAUCAACGCCUACGCCGCCAUCUGCACGGUUCUGUCUGGACUAAUGGGAAUGGUGGCUCACAUGAUGUACACCACCGUGUUCCAGGUGACUGUGAGCAUGGGACCCAAGGAUUGGAGACCCCAGACUUGGGAUUAUGGGUGGUCGUUUGCGCUGGCCUGGAUCUCCUUCAGCUGCUGCAUGGCCGCAGCUGUCUUUACACUCAACUCCUACACCAAAACCCUCAUUGAGAUCCGGCGCUGGCAGAGACUGCGAACGGAGGAGGCUCGGGCCAACUACGCCCCGUCCUACGACGAGGUGGUCCCAGGGGGCGGAGUCUACUCCAUCAACGGCCUGCUGCCAUGUCAGGACGGACUGAUUGACACAGUGUGGCCCAGGGAUGGGGUCGGGGAUGGGGAUGGGAUGGGCAGGGGGGUGGGGGUGGGUGUGGGGAUGGCAGAGGCGCCCACGCUGGCGCUGGUUGGGGAGUGCGGGACUGAGGGGUGCGAGGACUGCGAGAGAGAGGACGGAGAGAUAGAGGAGGAAAUGGAGAGAAAAAGGGCCAUUGUCUGUGCUGAGUACCAUAGGGGGGUGUUGAGUGAUUCACUGUGUCCACAGGAAAGAUCAGCGUGAAAGAUCAGCCUUCAGCCAAUGGGAGAAAAUGACUGGCCGACAAUAAGGAAAUGCACUGGCUGAAUCGAACUAAGUUAAUAAAACUAAACCAAGAAUACAUUUUAUUUUUAGUUGUUUACUUUCUUAAUUUACUGUGCUGCUCCAAAGUGAAAUGGAAGGAAAUAUAGUGUAUAAUAUUGCGCAAGAGAGCAUUUGCAUGUGCCAUAUAUACAGUAAUCAGGUGGUCUAGUACUUCAUGGUCUUUAAAAAAGUAUUUUCUUGAAAGCUUCUUUACAUUUACAUUAGUUUGCUUUUACACAUUUGCUUUGUUUAUUUACUUGGUUCAAAUUUGUGUAUUUAAGAUAUGAUUAACUUUACCAUACUGACAUCCACAUAUAAGGGCAGCUCAUGAUAUAAUUUUCCAGGCCUCAGAAGUGCUACAGUACAGACCUGCAACUGUGCAAUUUUCCUUUACAAAUGAUUAGUUUACUUCCUGUUGCAAUGAACCUAUCAGUGUGAUGACUGUGGAAGUGAAUAGACUCAAAAGUAUUAUGAGAGGUAUUUUAUGCCAACAAAAUUUCAAAUACACUUGAAUAAAAACAUAAUUAGCCUGGUUUCAUAUUGCUUCACGUUUGGCUGAAUUUAAUUCAGCCACAGGAAAGAUAAAAUAUAUUUCUGGAUUGAUCCUGUGACUAUUUGUUAUUUUAUAGAUAAUGAUAGAUUCCGUACUUAGUAAUAGAUGAAUAUAUUUUAUA